GUUAUACUACGCAUGCGCUGGCUGAGCGGAACCGGUGUCGGUUCGGUGCCGGUUCUGCUGCCCUUUUAUGGGAUCACACAAGAAGGACACGAAACAGGCAGAGAAACGCACCCGUCGAACACGAUGGCGCUACGGAGCGCUCCUGUCUGCGCUCGGGAUGCCCCGUGGCCGCCCCUAUGUGCGCACUGGGCACCGGGUUUGGGGUGUACGAAGCCCUUCCCCCCUUCUCUGCCCGCUGUUUUUCCCCCUGCACAGCUCGGGCUCAGGUUCCCCUUUGUGCACGGAGUGCGGCCCUUGAAACUUUCAUGAGGACAUCGGAUCGCCAACGAGGUCCGUCCCACCCUCCCCUCCUGCCGCUGCGCAUCGCCUCUGUGCCGCAGCCCCACGCCAUGACCCAGGGCAUCUGGGGGCUCUACAAGGCCAGGGUGCUGCAGACCCUGGGGGGGGCACGGGCUGAUGGUGCGCUGCAGGAGGAGGGAGACCCUUCCGAGCUGAUGGAGGCAGCGGAGCCCCCCGCGCUGAUGGAGGAGGGAGCCGGCCCUGUGUCCCAGCUGGCACGGAAGGUCCAGGGGGGCUGGCGGACAUUCUCAUCCCUCUUCACCCGUGAGGAUGAGCAUCAGCUGCUCAACCCAGAGCCCUGCACUGAUCACCCCCUGGCUGCUCUGCCAGCUGAACUGCCUCCCACCCAGAAAGCAGCCGGCUUUUGGGAUCUCUUUGCUACCAAAUGGCAGCAGGCAUCAGCACCGGACAAGGAGGUGGACCCACCAGAGCUGGGUGAGACCCCUAUGGAGCCAACAGGUGAUGAGGGUCCCAGCGACCUGCGGGAGCCAGAGGAAGGGGCCUUCAAAUGGGGCUUCCUGGCCAACAAACUGGCUGAAAUCCGAAAUAAAAAUGCUUCCAAGGGCAAUUAAAGGAGGCAAUACCAACGUGGCCCUGCGGCAGCACCAGCCAGUGAUGCUGUGAUGGGCCCUGGCAAUGUGGAGGUGUUGGCACUAAAGACCCCACGGCGCCCUUCUCCCUGA